AUGUAUAAUUUAAGGAAGGGGUCCAAGACAUCCCGUUUGAAAGGGAUCGAAGAGUUUCUGUCCAUUGAGAAUCAAUCUAUUGGACAGGAAGAAGAACAGACAGCUGAGCCUGUUCCAGAGGAAGAGCAACGAGUGGUUGAUCCUCCCGUGACAAGAGCGGCGGGGAAAAGAAAACUCUCUGCAGAUGAGGCCGGCAAAUAUGAUAAGCAAAUUCGUCGGAAACUUCUGGUGGAUUCUCCCUCCAAAGGACAGCAAAAAUCCAUGUUGAUGGCUGAGCAUCAAAGCUGCUCAUUAAUGUCACAAGCUGGUGAUUUAAUGCCUAGUCCUAUAACGGGACUUAUGAACAGACCAGCUGCUGGUGCAAGUCCUCCGGAGUCUUCAGCUGUUCAGGAUGAUGAGGAGCGAGUUGAUUAUGACGACUCCCCAAUUGGUGAUGCAGCUGACGGAAAUAGAGGCAAUGAGGAUGCUGAUGUUGGCAACAUGUCAGGUUCACCUUCUCCAGGGACCACUGCUGCUACUGCUUCAGUGCCAGAACAUGUGUCGGCUCCUUUAGAAGAGCAACAUUUACGUGGCUCUCCUACGGCAACUAUUCCACCUGUAGCGUUGCCUGAAACUACUGUCGCAACUCCUCCUCCGGAGCAGCAGCUUGUGCCGGUGUUGGCUCCUGUGCAAGCGCAGCCUACACCUGUAGUGUUGCCUGAGACUACUGUAGCUGCUUCGCCUACUGCAUUGCUGAAGAUCUCGCUUACUCCAACAGAGGCACAGCCAAGCACAUCUCAAGCAAGGGCGAUGAUGGCUUUAACCUCAAGCCCUUCACAAUUGAAUAUUUCUACCGCUUCCGCAGCUUCGGCGCCAGGAUCCCCUGCACUAACUUCGAUAGCUAAAGGGGCGUCGUCGGCUCUGGUUCCUAGUCUCGCUGACACACCUGAAUUUCUUCAGAUCUCCCUGGUAUAUCUAAAUAGCCUUGCGAAAACAGUAAUUGAGUACAUGGUGAAUGGUCGGGGGACUUUAAACUCCUUCCGACCUCUUUUAAAGGCAGGCUUGAAUGGGGUCAGGAGUGUGGGCAAUAUUCAGUGGUUCGAGCGCUGUUCAGAAAUUAUUCUCCACUUGGAAGAGCAAUUACAACGCUUCGAAGCCCUGGGCCAGAAAGAACUUCAGCCAGAGAUUGUGUCCACUCUGGCCAGUCUUCAGGUUGCAGAAGUGGCUCGCCGGGAGGCGGUAGAGCGGGACUUGGCUGAAAGAGAACGUCAAGUUGCAGAGCUUCAUGAGCGUAAUAUUCGGAAGCAAGAAGAGUUAGAACGCUCGACAACUUCUAUGAAUUCGCUUCGUGAUAGACUUGUCGAAGCUGAGGCCGAAGUCCUGCGCUUAAAGGCUGAACUUUCCCGUGAAGAAAACGUUGUCAAUAUCCUUAGCACCCAAAAUACCACUGGCGCUUUGGAAUAUCAUACACAGGCUCGAGCUUUGGCACAAGCUAGGAAUGAAGCAGCGGCCAUCAUCGUACCCAACGAGGAAGAGCUCCGGGCAAAGGCUGAAGCUAUGGUACAAACCACUCACGAAGAGGAGCUAAACCAAAUUAGGGCCCAACUCACUUCUUUUGAUUUGAUGCAUGAGUGA